AUGUCUUCAUCAAACUUCCUACUUUUCUCUCUAACUCUACUAAUCAUCAUACUCUCCCCCAUACCAUAUUUUACUUCUGCUUCUUUAGAGGAAGCUAAUGUUCUUCUUAAAUGGAAAGCAAGCCUUCAAAUCCCAAAAAACUCCUUGCUCUCUUCAUGGAUUCCCUUCCCUUUGAAUUCCAGUGCAUCAGUUCCAUGCACUUCUUGGUUUGGAGUAGUUUGCAAUGCUGAUGGGAGAAUUCAGAAGUUGAACCUCACAUCAUCUGGAUUAAUGGGUACGCUUCAUCGAUUUUCAUUCUCUUUGCUACACAAUCUUACACAUUUUAAUCUCAGUCUAAACAACUUAUAUGGCCCCAUCCCAGCAGAAGUAAGACACUUGUCCAACCUUGUAUAUCUUGACUUUUCAUUGAACAAGUUUUCUGGAGUAAUCCCACCAGAAAUAGGAAACCUGCACCAGCUAACCAUCUUGUCCUUAUACUCGAACAAUAUCUCUGGUCCCAUUCCUAUUGAACUUGGCAAUUUGAAGUCUCUCACUCAUCUUGUGGUGUACAAAAAUCAACUUAGUGGUUAUUCCUUCAUCAUUGGGUAG